AUGGAUACCAACACCAAACAGACUCUCCCAGUGGGGGUAAACACGACCUCCAACGAAAUCAGCCAGCAAUUCUUCCGCCACUCCUCUGCCAAACGCGUCAACACUGACGCAACCAUCGCCAAAGCUCUCAAGGCCGAGUACCCCGGCCUCGAGCUUGUAAUUGCGCCAUCUUACGGCAUUGACUUGCUGGGGUAUGCGUCGGCCGGACACGCCAGCUUCACGUCCAUUGACGAGGCCAGCGAUGAGCUGCCGUCCUCGCUAAUAUGGAAGGUGUAUGUGACACCCGGUAGACGUAUCGACGGCAGCCCCGGAAGUCUGGCACAGGACGUGAUAUUCGCCAAAUUCUUGUACAAAUGGGAGGAUGCCGAGUUCAUCCUCUACUUGGUGGAUGGGCGCGACGGGACCAGUUCAUACCCGCCGAUACGCAACAAUUACAUCCUGACCACGGACACGCACAAGGCGGACGCCCUCUUGAUUGCCGCCGGGCAGUGGGGCAACGAGCUGCACGAGCAGGUGUGGGUGUGGGACAGCGGCAUGUGGAACAAAAGCGCCGAGCUGUACCAGAGCAUCAGCAAGGCCUCCUGGGACGCCGUCAUCCUCGAGGACAGCAUGAAGAAGGCCAUCAUCGCGGACCACCAAUCCUUCUUCGACGCGCGAGACACAUACGGCCGCCUCAAGGUGCCCUGGAAGCGGGGGCUCAUCUACUACGGCCCACCGGGCAACGGCAAGACCAUCUCCAUCAAGGCCACAAUGCACAUGUUGUACGACAGAAAAGACCCGGUGCCGGCACUCUACGUCAGGAGCUUCUCCUCGUUCGCCGGCCCCGAGUAUGGCAUCAGCCAGAUCUUCCUCAAGGCGCGGCAGUACGCGCCCUGCUACCUGAUCUUUGAGGACCUGGACUCCCUAGUCACCGACUCUGUGCGCAGCUACUUCCUCAACGAGAUCGACGGCCUGCGUAGCAACGAUGGCAUCUUCAUCGUCGGCAGCACCAACCACCUGGAGCGCCUCGACCCGGGCAUCGCAAAACGCCCCUCGCGCUUCGACCGCAAGUACUACUUCCCGGACCCGGACCGCGCCCAGCGCGUGGCCUACUGCCGUUUCUGGCAGCGCAAGCUCGCCGGCAACAAGGACAUUGAGUUCCCGGACCGGCUGUGCGGCGCCAUCGCGGGCAUCACGGACGGGUUCAGCUUUGCGUAUAUCCAGGAGGCGUUCGUGGCGGCGCUGAUCGUGGUGGCGCGCCGUGGGGGUGGUGGUGGUGGUGAUGGGGAUGGUGGUGAAGAAGGGGAGGGUGAGGUGGCGGGGUGGGAGGCCGUGGAGGGCGAGGAGAUUGAGGGUGGAUGGGUGGGGGUUGCGGAUGGGGAGGAUGAUGAUGAUGAUGAUGAUGAUGAUGAUGAUGAUGAUGGUGAUGGUGAUCUGGAGGACUUAGUCUUGUGGGUUGAGAUCAAGAAACAGGUGGCAAUCCUGCGGGAAGGAAUGGAGGAGAAGCAGUGA